AUGGCGGACGCCAACUUCGAAAAGUUCGAGCCUGGAGGUAAAACUGCCUAUUAUCACUACUUAUACCUCUUAAAAGUAGCUUGGUCCUUUUUGUAAUAAGCAUGAAGAUCUUCCUCUUCCUAGAAAUUGUUAUUGAAAGCCAUGUUUUGUUGUUAGUGAUGAAGGUGACACAGAAAGAAAUGGCGGACGCCAAGCUGCCCUUGUCUGGCCGAGAUUACUGUGCACACUUGCUCAUACCGCUUCUGAAGUGCCGAAAAGAAACUUACAUGGUGCCGUGGAAAUGCCAUCACGAGAAGCAUUUAUGGGAGAGGUGUGAAUAUGACGAGUAAGUUGAAUGUAUACUCGAGAUAAUAAGCUUAUUAAUAAUAGUAAAUGUACCACUCGUUUCUUCAAAACACAUUAUAUUUAAAUUCGGCUUUCGUAGGAUAUAAAGAAUUAAGCAGAUCGAGGAGGGUGUUAGGCCGAGGUGGAUAACUCUCUCCGAGAUCUGCUUACCGGUAAUUCUUCAUAUCCUAGGAAAGCCAAAUUCAUUAAUCGCUUUAUUAUUCAUUCUAAAUAAUUCCUAGUUUAAAAACAUAGCUAAAACAAGCUUACCUGCAUCGAUGUUAAGUUUAUCUUUGACAGUGUACGUUUAGGUUUGGCCAGCUCUGCAAAUAUUCUCCAAAUAGCAGAUGUCGCCCUCCAAGUUGUCUUCUUGCUGUUUUUGCUAUGUUUUUAGCCAUUAUUUUGCCUAGUUCCAGCUGUAGUUCUCACUCUCGAAACAAGUGAAGUGUCCGCCAUUUUAGUUGUCACAACAAAAACAACUCAUUCUCGUCCCUAGGUCCUUCUCAGUUAAUGGUGCAUUAACCUUUAGAAGGCUGCAUUUUGAUGUCAUUUCCUCGUUAAACACAAAAUUCUUCCAAAUUUGGUCAUCAGUAAUUGGUUAUGGUGAAUUAUGCGUUUGCUUUUAGCCAAUCAGAAUUGGGGAAAUAUUUUGAAUGAAUAAUAAGCUUAUUUAAUGCACCGUUAUUCCUGAUAACAGGUAAGAUUCCAGCACCAUCCCUGCAGCAAUCUCAUACUUUUUCACAAAAAUAGAAAAUAUGACUCAUUUGGGGUCGAUGCAUGUGCGGGGCUUCGCGGAAAUAUAAAAUUAAUACAAAUAUGGGAAGUAUUUUCAACUCUAUACUUAGUGUUUGAUCUUGUGAUGAAACACUGUAUUUUUUUUUUUAACUUGAGAAAACAGCUGACAUUUCAUGAUGCCACCACUGGUUUCCCCUUAAACUGACGUCUGAGAAAUGAGUCCAGAAAUUCCAUACUGAUGAGGCGUCACUUGCAACAAAUUUUAAACCAAUCAGAAACACUACCCAGAUGUGGUUAGUGACUCAUCAUCAGUAUGAAUAUUCUGCACUUGUUCCUCAGAUGUCGUUUUGUUAGGAAACCAGUGGUCGAGUUGCGAAAUGUUGGCUGCUUUCUCAGGCUACUAUAUCUUAAGUUUGACAUGAUAAAUUGUAAUUUCAAAACUUUUUCGUCACAAAGAGCAGUCAUUUGGCCAUUUUGUCUUGACUGAAAUUUACUUCAACUUUUUGUUUUUCAGUUUUAUGUACAGAGUGAGAGAAAAAGAACGCCAAAAGCUUAAACUGAACAACAAGUAACUUCCUCUGUGGGAUUCGUACACGUGCUUUGUACCUCAUUGUGAGAGUUCUGUCUGUGCACACUAUCAAACCAUAUUUUCCUGAUAGAAAGAUAUUUGUUAACAUGCACUCAUGGAUGUUCUCAACUUGUGAUGAUAAUAAUUAUUUGAGCCAUUUUAAAGAGGUGAAGUUAAAAUAAAUAUUAUUGUUUUCUGAAUAUGUGAUACUUCAAUGCUGUUCAGGUCUGUCAUACAUAACAGUUAAUGUUUAUUCUAACACAGCACCAAACAUGCUUGUUAAGGUACAGUCAUCUCUUACUAGAAUUUCACCCAAAGUUCUACUAUAUUUAACCAUUUUAAAAUUUACUCCCAGUUCCGUCUUUAGAGUCGUAACACAUUUUUUUAUUAUUUUCCUUUUUUUUACUGUUUUCUUAGGGUCUGUUUAGGUGAGUGGAGGGUUUUCAUGGCUAAUUUCCCCCCAACAUUUUGUUCCAUUCUUUAGAGAAUGCUUUGAAUUAUUUAUUACAGAUAAUAAAAGCUAGACAGGGGACACUCUGCUUACUAGCCUCAGGUUUUGUACCCUUUUUUCAACAAAAAAUUCAAGGGCUUUUCAAGGACUUUCAAGGGUACAUUUCCCAUUUUUUCAAGGACUCCAUUCAGUGCAAAAAAGAGCCUUGAGUCUAUAUCUUUUUAGUUCUUCCACAACAUGAGCAAUUUUGUAAUGAAGGUUUCUCUGCAUUUGCUGGGUUGGAUAAAGUUAGCACCAAAAUUCCAGCACCUACUACAAUUUCCAAGGACUUUCAAGGUGCAUGCGAACCCUGUAGCUUGAUUCUCAUACAGUUUGUGUCCUUCAGCAGAUUGAGUUGAGCAAGAAAUUUUGGACUGACUGAGAAACGAUUGCAUUGGCUGUGCUUUCACCAGAGCUACGCCAGCUAGCCUGUGUAUACAGCUGUCGCUCCUUGCUCCUUGCGGCUUGGUGAAACGUCCCUAGCAGCAAGGAUGGACGGCUUUAUUUGCAGGCAAGCCUGGAGGUGAAGAUCAUCAAAACAUGACAGUGCAAUGAUUACCAUUUAAUUGCUAAAUCUCCUCUGUUUCCAUCACCUACUAGUUCAUUGUGGCUAAGCCUCUGUUAUGUGGUUUAACCCUUUAAGCCCCAAUAGUGUCCACCACUAAUUUUUCUCCAAACAAAAUCAAUACAUAAUCAAGAGAAAAGGUUAGGAGAAUUGAUGAAAUGAUCACCAAAAGGAAAAUGCUCGAUCGUUUUACAAAUUCUCUGAACUGAUUUUUUAGGAAUUGUGUGGACAUCAGUUUAGAGAAUUUGUUUUUUGAUAUUGGGGCUUUAUGGGUGUUGAUUGGUCAUUUCCCCAAGAGUGACUGCCUAAAACAGGUUUGACUGUAGUGCGAGCUGUCACUAACAUUUCAAGUUUUCAGGUAAUCACAACAAGUAGCUGGGGAAUUAAACAGCUAAGGAAUUCUUUUGCUUCUAUUUUUCUGUAGAAGUAGCCAGGGACAAUGUCCAUAAAAGCCAGGAAAAAUCCCCGGCCCCCAGUUCCUUCACUCCUGUUGUAGUCACUGUGAUAUCAUAAAAAUAGCCUGAGAAAACAGUCAUAUUUUCUACGGUACCAGUUGUUGCACUGGGAAUACGUGUUCUGUUUUUUCAGGCUAUUUUAACAAUUAAGCAAAUCUUCCUCAUACAAAAUUGACGUCUGGCACCAUUCUUGGGAACCAUGAGUUGAAAACAAAUAGACAAACAAAGAUAACCAGGCACUGCCUCUGCAUUAAUUCUAUUUUAUUGAUUUCUGCUGGAUCAAAAUACCCAAUCUGUUUGAAUGCUUUUUAUUGUUUAAACUGUUACAAAAUUGCAGUUGGCUCUUAGAAACAUUUAGCAAUAUUUUAUAAUCUUUUUGAAAUACUUUGCGAAAAUUCAGUUACACUGUAUAACAUAAUUAUUACUGAUGGCAUAUGGAAUACAACAAAAGCACAUGUCAUCUAUCAUUUGGCUUUGAACUUGUUAGCUAGCAAUAUUAAACGAUGCUUGCAUCACAGGUAUAACUUAUGUGCAACCUAAUGGCAUCCAUAUGGGCCUAUUUAUGUAAUCACUAUAAAUAAUUUGAUGGAAUGGUACAUUCCUCAUGAUUGUAUUUCACUCACUUUUUUAGGUUAUUUCGUUACACUAGUAAUAUGUUACAAAAUACAAUGUAAUAUAAUAUUAAGUUCACUGGUUAUA